AUCGUAUCAGCUUCUAUCUCUAAUGAACGCACCAGGUAGACGAGCGCUGCCAAUGCACAUGCGGUGAGGCUCUGAAUUUGUGUCGCGGCAUUCCAGCGCAACCUCUUUGCUCUCCUCACCCAUGACGAACACUCAGCCCCUCUCGCACUCGUCGCCCACCGGUCCAGAUGAUGAUUGGAAGAAGUUGCUCAACGAGGCCAUCACGGCAUACGAGGAAAAGACCGGGAAGAAGCUGCAUGAACUGCCGUUUGCUCAAGACGUGGAGGACUGCACCACGCUGGUCGAUUUCUUCGGAGUAUUGGACAAACACCAGAAAGCUUUCGGCGAAUUCCGUUCCCAAGACGAGAGGAUUCGGGCGAUUCUCAAGCCCAUUGCGUCGCUCACUCAGGCUGUCAUCGACCCUGCGGCCGAAGCGGCAGCCACUUUUGUUCCGGGAGGGAAAGGGAUCUUUGUCGUUGUUGCGGCGUUUCUUCAGGCCUCCAAGAGAGUCAGCGCCAGUUACGACGCCCUGGAGCUUGUUCUACUCCGGUUCCAGCCGUGUCUCGUCCGUCUGGAGAUCUAUCUCGGGCUGAAUUCUUUCGCUCAGCGUCGUGCCCUCCGUGAUGCGUUCUUGAAGAUCCUCGUUCUCAUGAUCAAGAUCUUCGGUCUGCUCACAACGGAUCUGAAAUCGAUCCAUAAACUCAAGCGGGGCCGGUGCUGGGUAACGCAGAAGCGAAUCAGGGACUGGGUGGGCCAGCUGCUGCAAGCUAGUGAUAUGAGAGAUGCUCUCAGUGAGCUUGACGAGCUUACUAAGCAAGAAGAGCUUGCUGCUGUGAUGGAAAACCUGAUUGCGGCAGAAAGGGCACGAACAGCGGCAGAACAGGCUCAAUCGGCCGCACUGGCUGCACAAGUCAAUGCGCUGGGUGCACGAUUCGCUGCCCAGGGCGCACAGGACGCCGCCAAGGGAGCAGAAUUUGCUGCUGAAUGUGCUGAAGCCGCUGCCGAGAACGCCGAAGUCGCUGCCGAGAACGCUGAAUCUGCUGCUUUGGGCGCUGAAUCUGCUGCUCAGGGCGCUCAGGUCGCUUCCGAGGUUGCUCAGGUCGCCGCUGAGGGCGCACAGUUUGCUGCUUUGGGUGCUCAGGUCGCUGCUUUGGGUGCUCAAACUGCCGCUGAGGGCGCUGAAUUUGCUGCUUUGGGUGCCGAAGUAGCGUCAAGGCAGAACAUAUUACUCACCGGGACUGUUCAUAACAACAUAGUCGAAGACCGCAUCAAGACGUGGCUGAAACUGUAUGACACGGGCAUUCGCUUGGACAAUCUACGCAAUGAUAAGCAUGAGGGGACCUGCGAAUGGCUCUUUGACGAGGAAUUUGACGACUGGCUUGAGACGCCCAACGCAUUGUACUGGGUACAUGGCAAACCGGGUGCUGGGAAGAGCGUGUCGAUGUCCGCCCUGGUCGAGCGUCUACAGCAACAUGAUCAUAUAUUUGCCUUCUUUUUUGUCACGUACCGUGAAGCGGAGUCGCAGACCGUGCCGAAUAUCCAGUCGUCACUGGUCUAUCAGCUCGCCACCCAGAUGAAACUGUGCCACAAGAUAUUGGAAGCGGCGUACAACAACCGAGGCGCAAGUCUCACAGCAGAGCAGAAGACAGUGUCUGGAUGUCUCAUGGAGAUGCUGAAGACCUUGCCGCAGCGUGUGAUUCUUGUGAUCGAUGGACUAGACGAGUAUCCAAAUCCUGAACGCUCAAAAAGCCUGUUACCCUUCUUGAAAGAACUGCAUGCUGCCAAGAUCCAUCACCUGCGGCUUUUGCUGGCAAGCCGACCCGAGCAUGACAUUGAAUCUUCUCUCAAGCCACUAGCUACUCACUGGCUUGACCUUGAAGACAAAAAGAAGAUUCGCGGAGACGACAUUGCCAGCUUUGUCCAUGCUCAGCUUGAGGAACAUUGCUCACGUUGGUCCAUUGCCACUCGGAAGAAGGCAGAGAAGGCUUUGAAUGAGAAGGCUGAUGGGAUGUUUCUGUGGGUCUCACUGCAGAUUGACCGUCUCCUUGAAUGUGAUGCCGAUGUGAUUGAAGAAGAGCUGGCAAACCUGCCUUCGGACGUCAAAGGGACAUAUGACCGGAUCAUGGAACGACUUCGGGCUAAUGGGUCCUUCCAUCGCUCCCAGCGUCUUCUCUAUGCCGUGGUCUUUUAUACGGUCUCCAAUUCCAGCUUGCAUGAGUCAACUGCGGCGGCUAUCACUAUGGUCGGCCUUGACUGGGUGGUCAACAACGGAAUGCCACAGCCACCCGAUCCGUUUAAUGCCCGCGAUGUGAUCCGUCGGUGCGGGUCAUCAUUUCUUCAGAUUGAUGGAUUUUCGCAAGUUCGAUUUGUCCAUUUCACAGCCCAGGAGUAUUUGCAGGGACUAGCGGAUUUCGACAAGCACAAGGUCUUUGUCACUGUUUUCACGGCCUUUAUCACCGCGGCGCUGCUGAAACUUGUUCAUCCGAGGGACGAGUGGGAAUGGCCUAACUCGGGGGUACGCCUGCGCGAGGCGGAUGUGGAGCCUUUGCUAUCGCGCAUUUUUGAUCUGCCGCAUGCGCUGUUGCCACAAAUACUGGAAGGACUCGGAAGGACUUUUGCAGGCUCACGGGCAGUAAUGGGGCGGUCAACUGCCAAGUUGGCUGCGGUGUACGACAGCCGCUUGCACUGGGCGAUGAAAUGCAAUUUACCCAAGAAGGCCGAGGCGCUGCUUGCCGAGAUGGGCGACGAGAAAAACCAUUCUCGACCUGUGCGGGUUCUCAUCCGCGUGAUCAGAGAAGCCCUCAGACAGGAGGAUCCCAGAAAACACUACUUCGACACGAACUCAUGGAUUACCUGGUACCCCAGUGUCGCGGAGUGCGAAGCACUCAAGCGCGCAGCUGACAGGGAGGACUGGUUCUCUGUAGCUACAUCUAGCGGAGACUCGACAGAAAGCCUGUAAGGACUGGAAAUAACAUCGCGGCGUGCCCGCUUUUCCGUAUCGCACAGCCACUGUCACCUGAUAGUCGCCGGAACUCUAGAAUGCCAUUCGAUGCCCAUCCCGCUUUGCACUGCGGUCUCCGUGUCUUCCACAGCGCAUUCGCAAUUACUGAGCCGGACAGUCAUAUCCAAAACCGCGAGGUACAAGCACAACAGGAACAGCUAUCUUUGCUCUACGGAUGGACAACGAACCCGCUCAUCGAAUACUACAUCACGGAGAACUCCAGAACACACCACCCUUCGACCGGCCUGUCCCAGGUUGUGACGGUCACCUCUGACGGCUCUAGCGGCAAGAUCUACCGAGCACAGCGCGUCAAUGCGCCUUCCAUCUCCAGCACUCCAUCCUUCGACCAUUUCUGGUCCGUGCGCAUGCGGCAAGGCUUUGGACAUAUGCAGUGCAGUUCCUGCAAGCUCCCCUCCUGCUCUCUCCGAUGGCAAACUUACAGCCCUCAUCGUAUCCGCUCACGAUCCCGGCCACUGCUCGAGACGAUAGUUGUAAGACCCAUCUUUACGAUGCGAUCGAAAAGCACGAGAAGAUGGCUGGGAAGGAGCUCAACAAGUUGCCGUUGGCUGAAGACGUCGAGGGCUGCGACAUGGCGGAAGAGUUUUGCGAUGAACCAAAAGGACAUCCAGAUGGGUUAUCGCGAAGUUCGUCCGCUCGUGAUCAAAGGCGUCAGCUUCGACGUUAAGGCCGGGAAGAAGAUCGGUAUUGUCGAUUUGACCAAGGCGGGCAAAGCUCUUUGCUGCAGUGCUUGUUCCGCGUAGUUGGGCUGCAAUCGGGUGAAGUCAGCAUUGACGCAGCGAAUAUUGCCGAAGUUGGUCUGGAUGUGUUAAGAGGCCGGCUGACGCUCGUCCCACAGGACAGUGUGCUGUUCUUGGGCACUCUGCGCGAGAACUAGGACCCACAAAACUCGAGGACGGACGCAGAGCUGUUAACCGUGCUGCAGCGUGCAUGGCUACUGCCGCGACCCGGGGAACCGUCUGACCCCAUAGCCGAAUCCAAGUUCAGUCUGAACUCCACCAUCGGCGAUGAGACCGAACUACAGCGCCGGCGAGAAGCAACUGCUCUCCUCUGUCGAGUGUUGGUAAAAAACAGCCCGAUCAUCGUACUGGACGAGGCGCCGAGCAGUGUUGAUGUAGAGACGGAUGCCAAGCUGCAGCGGACGAUCCGGACAGGGUUGGGAGCUCGAUGUUGCUGUGCAUAGGAUCGUCUACUACGAUCAGAUUUGGUGCGCCAUGUAACCUCUUCCUCGAUGUCGGAUUCUCGCGUCCUCUGGAGAAAGAGAGUGUAGUCGAAUUGUAUCGAUCUGACGUAAUGUAGAUUUGUACAAACUGCCACUUGAUUACUUGACCAGCGCGAGAAACGACCAGCUCCAGGGCAACUUCUACCAGCUGAACUGUGCCCAGAGACUCCGAGCUGUCCCAGAUGAUCGAAACGCUGAAGCACGUUGUGUCGACCCAGCUCAAUCUAUACAGAGAGCUCGCUUGAAUGCAUCCCCGUGCCGGACACGUUCCAAUCGACAACUCUCCUAGAUUCUCACAUCUUCUAUCCCUAUCCCAUCAUGGUGUGGCUGGGGUCAAGAGUCAGUCGCUGGAUAGUCUGGGCUGUGUUGAUGUGGAAGAGGUCGAUGAAUGGUUUGAGAUGCGAUUCAAGAUUUGAAGCUCAGGGCCGCCUCUGAAAUGCCACAGGAGAUCUAUUUGCAAGUCACGGUGAUGGACGUGGACCUAAAUUACGGGCCCGAUCGCUGUGGUAUCUGGUGAACCGGGACGCAAGCACCAGUACAUCCAUCUGUGGGAUACAGAGAAGUACCUGGGGGCUCGAGGACCGAUGGUUCGACUUGAUGCAGAAGCUGUCGUAUCAGGCGUCGACUUUUCAUAAUCACAGCAGCGUUAGCCAGACAGUUGCGAUCAACUCAGCCGACUCGAGGCAUCGGCGUCAGCUGUCUCGAUUUCGUUACAAGUGCAUAGGGGGGCAGCAGUACGCUCGUGUGGGGGACAUUCUAGACAUCGAGCCACCAAAACCAAGCACGGUCUCGGAAGCAGCGAGACCCGGCUCCCAUCUUGUAGAGCUCUGGAUGCACAUCGUUCGCAGCGACAUCGUGGCCGGCCGGUUGGAGACGUUUCAAGAGGACGACCAUUUCGCAUGCGUCCCGACACCGCCAUCAAGCAUCUUCCCAGAGCACCGCUCUACCGCAGGGUUUCGUGGCGCCGGAUGUCCCUGACGCGUUGUGAAACGCUGUCGCUGCCGAUAGUGGGAUGAAAACCCGCGUUCGCCGUGAUUUUGAAGCUACUUGCGCUUUUCAUGCGAUCGAAAGUCCGUUGAUCCCAGCAAGAUCGGUUUCGUACUGGCUUACAUGCUGAGGGCCUCCCAAAUCUUCUGUCAGGUUGGGCGUGGGACCAGCGUAUCCGCCGUUUACACUCUCUGAUCUGUUGCAUCCACUCAAUCGAUGCCGCACGCAGCGCCCGACUCUCUUAUUGCGUCAAUGACUCCCGCCAUCCAAAUGGAUCUAUCGCUACUCAGGACCCCUACGAUGUGAGAUCACGUGCAGCUUGGGGCAUCGGCUGGACGCAGUAUUGCGAGCGCUCUUCCGAUCGACACGGAGAGGUGAUUCACUGCUGUCUCUCUGGUGCGCUCGGGAAAUCGGCCAUGGCCACUCAGCACAUGAGUAGGAUCGUUCCUCAGAGGGAUGUGCAGGCCACAACAGGGGACGGACACUGACUGAUGUCGUUCCGGCGGCCGAAGCGUUUUUAACUGCGAUUGGGAUCCUCAUAAGGUCAAGGCGCCUAAGGGCAUCCGAGAUAACCGAAUCAUCAACGAUGUCAGCUCGAUGCUCUUGGCAGAAUACGAGCUCCCUCUGCCCCACUGCCGGUGGGCGCUAUCCGGCCUCGACUAUGGGCGAUGCAGCGCACAGAGAUUCUCAAUCUGAUCCAACCGUGCCGCUCAGACGAUUCGGGGUGAAUAGCGCUGGGAAGACAAUGGAGAGGUGGCCCCGAUCCCGUUGCUUGAGUGUCAUCAAGACCGUGCUGGACAAUAGAAACGGGCGUUGGACCUGGAGAUGCUGGUGCUUUGUGCUUUCUACCAUUCUUCUUCAUGGCUUGAUUUCGGUCCUCGAAUGGACGUGCGCUGGACUGUUGACCGCUCGCAAUCAAGGAAGAGAUCCACUAGUCCUUUUCACGGAGGUGAUGGGCGUACACUCGGUCAGCAGCAACGACGAGGACUGUCCUAAGAACGACGACGAGCCGACUCGGGAGACGCCGCUGGAUUGAGACCAAUCUCAAUAUCAGCCAGCGCACUCGACCACCAGAAUGCGAGGCUGUAGGCGAGACCAUGCCAAUGGAACGGGGGUUGUUGCCUACGUUGUUGCCUAUGUUGCUGCUCUGUGCUUUCUUUCUCUUGCGCACGUCGUCAUGUCGACCUGUGCACGCGCCUGCCCUGGACGUUUUGAAGCCCGCGACACUUCUUGAGCCCCCCACGCUGAAGCCGAACUCGUUUGUGGUCGUCUGUGGUGCAGCCGGCUGACCUCAGGCCACAAGCUGUCCGAUGGUAUUGCUCUGAUGCCCCCCGGAAUCAACAGACUCGAAAUAUUUGUCGGACCUCGGGGGCUCUUAUGAGUUUCUGGAUGGUGUAAUCCACGGUGUUGGACUUUAUCCGCUGUACAAUAUGCCAUGUCUACUCUGAUCUCAAAUUCGACUUGUGCCGGUCUCUCGAUCACCCAUAAACACCCUGAUGCAUCGGUCAUUGUGGAUGCUCACAGAUAACAGAAUGGCUGAACCAGGGGCAAGCUUUCGAGAUUUCCCAAGACUGGAAGACGGUGCGGUUUCACUCACGAGCACGACAGGUCACAUCAGCGCCGGGUGAGGAAACAUAGAGAUUAGGGACUAGUCGAUAUUAGAUCAAGCUCCAUUGCACUUUGAAUAUCUUGGCGACGCGCCGUACGAGAUCGAAAUUGUUUCCGUGGAUCCCCAUCGCCACAUAUGUCGGUCCGGGCGGGUGAGCCGGCAGAGGUGUCGGCGAUGCAUCGAUGACAGGCCGUCGUCAUUGGCCUCGGAGCUUUCUUGGAACUCUCGGCCGCCGGACGAAGUUCGGCGGAACCGUCCCUGACCCUCCCGUCAUGACAGAAUAUCGCAAGCUGCUGCUGCUGAUCUUGGGACGAAAACGCGCGUACGGCGCGGAAGCGAAUACACUUCGAUGCUGAGAAAUCGUAUCCCGACCAAGCCAAAGAAUCCCUCAUGCGCUUCUCAUGAAUACGGGCUGCCGGCCCAUUCGAAUUCCCGGAUGAAAUCGUACUUGGGAAUCUUCUAGAGGCACACACUCCAUGUGCAAGCACGGGCACGAACGCUCCACCGCGGUCACGCGCGUAGAUUUCUCGAGCAUAUCAUCGCAGGAGUGGACUCCAUGCGCGAAGGACGACCCCCAACCGGGACCCCAGCUGGAAAACAUGAUCACCGCGACGAAUGCUCCACUUGGGGACUCGGUCAAUUUGGUCUUUGCACGUUCUACGGUGUGGCUUGCUCCCUUCCGACUAUGUGAGCAUCACCGAGAUAUCUCAGAGGAUCGAAUCUCUGUUGGCCCUUCUCGCUCCCUCACUGCAUGGUCACUGAAAUUGUUUCUGCACUGAAGCUCGAUCUGCCAGACCACCUGAAUCGAUGCAGAGAUCAUGAUGGAAUGCAUACCUGCGUUGUACUCGUUCCAGCCGACGACUCUCCCAGAAAUGAUGAAACAUGCGUGGUCCCAAGUCUGGUCACCGAGACAUCUCACCCGCCCGCCUCCAUGCUGGGUGCUGUGGCCGGGCCUUGCACUCUCUGAACUCUUCUUCUCUUCCUGCAACGUCGAAUCGGGAGUUUUAGUCUGUGGAUAGGCUGGGCUGUGUUGAUGCGUAGGAGGCCGACGGAUGGUUUGAGAUCUGGGAGGGAUUCAACGAAACACACGACACCCUCACAAAAAGGGGGGUCGGAAUCUGGAGCUCGGCUCUGGAAUGCCAUAGGAGAUCGAUGCGCUGGUGACGUUGAUGGAUAUGGACUGCAAAUACGGGCACGAUCUUGGUGGUCUCUUGUGUGCCAAGGUGGAAGCACAAGUGUGGGAUUUUGUUGAUACUUGUACUAAUGGGAUACUGUACACUGACUGCGAUGACUUGGACUAAGCACAGGACCAGAAGCUCAGCGAUUGAGGUCACGAACUAUCUAGUGUCAGUGCGGACGCUCAGAGAAGAACGUCGCUCGAAACCAGGUCUGCCUUCGAUCAUUGCGAGAGUGAAGUGAGAAUCUGGCCCAGAGUGGGGUGUUCCCGAUCACAGAUCUCUACUCUAUCUGUCAUUGACCUCAGACUGGAACUCUCAUGAUCACCUCAGUGGACACCCGUCCUGACCCUCCCGUCGUGAUAAACAUGGUCCUGCAAAGCUCGGAACGUACAUUAUUCGUCAGGGAUAUCGCGACUGGGACGCUCGGGGUUGUCUCAAUGCCGAUCUCGACGAACGUCGCUUUCUGGGGGAGCCGGAGCAGGGCAUUUACGAUGAGGAUAUGACGAAUCCGAUGAGCUUCCAGACUCAGACGACGCGGACGCAGUGACGCACCAUCGAGUUUCGCGUCUUGGGAAUGUCUUGCCAACCCUCCGGCCGACAAACACCCGCCAGGGAGGGCACGAGAAGCACUCCACAUAGCGAUUCGAGAUCCGGAUGACGAGCGCGCCUCUGUGCUCCAGGAUGUCUUUGACCCGGUGGACAUGGUGUGGAAUUACGGGUGCAAUUUCAGUGGUAGCUGUUGUUCGUGAUUCAUAUAUACACUAAUCUGUACUGUCUUGCAAUGCAGACUUGGUGCUCACAAUUCUACUGCCUGACUUCGUGCACAAGAAGUCAUAUCGUGCGUCGACUCACUCCGGCCCUAAUGAACAGAAUGCCCC